CCCUCCGGGGGGGGGAGGCCCGGGACCGGGAGCGAAUUCCCCUAACUCCCUCGGCCCCUCCCCCCACUUGGCCCGAGUGUGAGGAAAAGGGCCCGGCCCGGCCCGCGUCGUGUGUGAGGAGGACCCGGGCGGGCCCACGGGCCGUCUGGGGCCUGGUCCGGCCCGCCGGGUGUGUGAAGACAGGGGCCCGGUGCGGCCCGGCGGAGGGCGAGCGGAGGGGAGGGGCCUCGUCCGGCCCGGCGGGUGCGAAAGGACUGGGGCUCCGGCCCGGCGCCGCCGCCGCCGCCGCGAUGGCCCAGCAGCAGAUGACCAGCUCGCAGAAGGCCCUGAUGCUCGAGCUGAAAUCCCUGCAGGAGGAGCCGGUGGAGGGCUUCCGGAUCACCCUGGUGGAUGAGUCCGACCUCUACAACUGGGAGGUUGCCAUCUUCGGACCCCCCAACACCCUCUACGAAGGCGGCUACUUCAAGGCGCAUAUUAAAUUUCCUAUUGACUACCCAUAUUCACCACCUACCUUCAGAUUCUUGACCAAAAUGUGGCAUCCCAACAUUUAUGAGAAUGGAGAUGUAUGCAUUUCAAUUCUUCAUCCGCCUGUAGAUGACCCACAGAGUGGAGAACUGCCCUCCGAAAGGUGGAAUCCUACUCAGAAUGUCAGGACUAUCCUGUUAAGUGUAAUCUCAUUGCUCAAUGAGCCUAACACCUUCUCCCCAGCCAAUGUGGAUGCUUCAGUUAUGUUCAGGAAAUGGAGGGACAGUAAAGGAAAAGACAAAGAAUAUGCUGAAAUCAUUAGGAAACAGGUUUCAGCCACUAAAGCCGAAGCAGAAAAGGAUGGAGUGAAGGUCCCCACAACCCUGGCGGAAUACUGCAUCAAAACUAAAGUGCCUUCCAAUGACAACAGCUCAGAUUUGCUUUAUGACGACUUGUACGACGACGACAUUGAUGAUGAAGAUGAGGAGGAGGAAGAUGCCGACUGCUAUGAUGAUGAUGAUUCUGGGAACGAGGAGUCGUGACGUGCUCUUUCAGUGCCCCGUACUGCCCUGCCGUCUCAGGCCAAAGGGAGGGGAGCAAGUGGGGACCUAGCAGUGGCCCCUCAGCAAAAACCUAUCACCGGGGGUGGGAAAAACAAACACGGCUCCUGCUGACUCCCCUUAUGGAUCUCAGUUUGCUCCUUUUUAUGGACCUCUUAAUGGAGAGAAAGUAUCCUCCACAGAAUGUCUGAAUUCUUGCAUUCUUUACCCUUCCAUCACUGUAUUGAUUCUUUUUUUCUUCUUCUUUAAACCCAAACUCUCGCCUCACUUCAUCUCUACAGAGUGUUCACAGCAAAACACGUUUGGUCUGUUUUUAGAUUCUUGAAGAAUUAAUUAGUCUUUCAUCAAGACGUUUUAAUGUGUUUAAAGCUGGGAACCCAUUGGAAGUUCACAAGUGCUGCAUAUGCUGAGUAGCAAAAGAAAAUGGAAAAAAAAAAUAAAAAACCCACAAAACUAACUUAAAAAAAAUUUUUUUUUGCCAAGGUUUAGCUGCUCAUUUAGUGUGUGUGCAUUCGAUCAGCCCCAUGGUGGUGAAUUUUGUUUCCUUUCCCUUCUUAAGGCUGGGAUACAGUGGGCAUCAGGGACUUUGUGCUAAGCCUGAUGAAAAUGUGUUUCUAAGGGCACAGAGCCCCUUCAGCCUCCAGGACAUCAUCUUAAUACAGGGGGCCUCAGCUACCCUGAGGAGAGAGAUCAGAUUUUGUUUUUUGAAAUCGAUUGGGAUCUAAAGCCUGAAAAUAAAUAUUCAUACUUUACAUAGAAUUGAGCACUUGAUUGCUAUUUAUUUUAAAAGACAGAGUUGUUACCCUCCCCAUCCCAAGGGAGUGGGGGGGGAGAGUGGAGGGGUGUGUGUGUGUGUGUGUGUGUGUGUGUGUGUGUGUGUGUGUGUGGAGUCUUAGUGAUGGGAACAAGGAGUUUAAAAUCACUAUGCCAAUUUUGGUUGAUGCUGCUGGGGAAAAAAAAGUCAAAACUACUGGUGACCACUGUUGGGUGAGAAAACAUCUGUUUUAUGUGAACAUGGCCUUUCCCUCAAAAAUAUUUUGAAAAUCCUCAUGGUGAGAGUGCAAGUAGCCAGUUUUAAUUACUCAGUAUUACUCCUAGGUGCAUGUGUUAAGAUUUUGGUUUUCAUUGAGCUGCUUAUGCCAAUAGUGAUAGCUGUGGAUAGGAGACAUGAGUGACCAGUCCCACUUUUCCUCAUUGGAUGUGACCUGGACUUUUCUCUCCUUUCAGUGUACGCUGGCUGUGGAGGGCAAGCAGAAGUUGUGCAUGGAGCUUGUCCUGGGCUGCUUUGACUCUUUUGGCAGGGCCGAGGGAAUUGGCUGCAGGCAGUAUCUGGGCAACUGAUUUUCCAACUGUGCAGUGGCUGCAGCUUUGACUUCCCUGGUCUCAAUCACGUGUUACUUCAAUCAAUAUUGAGAUUCAUCAGCCUUCACCAACCAGGGACUUCAGAACUUGGCGGUGAUUCUUCGAGAGUGGGCCAGUUCAUAGGAGGGUAGUGUUCUUUCAGUGGGGAAAAUCAUUAUAUUGUAAAAUUAGACUUCGGAAGGAAAGAAAAUGAGCAGAGACUGGUUACAAUCCUCCUCCAGAUCCCUUUGUACUGGUGUCAGCGUCUUUUGUUCAGAUCAUAGCUCAGAAAGAACCAAAGGGUUGAUGAGGGACAGGGGUAGGAUGGAUCCUAGAACAGAGUAGGUGAUGCUUACUUCCUUAGCUCCUCCUUCCUUCCUUUCUGAUCUCAGGGUUUUCAUUCGCUUCAAACUCCAAACAUUUGCUGACUAAUGCCCAGCAGACCUCUCUGGCCUCUAAAGUUUGAUCUGGUAUUAAGUAGAAACGUUAACAUGCAAAGGUUCCUAUGGGACAGUGUUGAGCCUGGUCCCAGAAUCUGUCCAAUCCCCAUGGGGCUAGGACUGCUUGCACCCCUGAACCUAGUGAUUCCAGUCAGAUUCCGAGAACAGAACAGCUCUUUGUGACAAAACACUGGCCGCAAAUUCUCAUAGGAGGGUGUCGGAACUAGCUUUUUAAGUAAUGCUUCUGGAUAACCUGCAAAUCUUCUGGAGUCCCAAGUCUCCUAAUGCUCUGAUUACCCUCUAAACACC